CUGCAUUUUCUCUGCAAAAACUUGCCGGUUGGUUAGAGCAUUGUUUACACUAAGGGCAGCAAAAAAAUGGCUCUCUCUUCUUCCUCCUUUUUUAUCACUUGCUUUACAGUUCUGUUUGCCUCUCUACUUCUGGGUGGCACCGCCUACCCCACCGCCAAGCACUACCCUGUCCGCCACCGCCGCCACCCCCACAUUGCCUCUCAUAACUACAGAGAUGCACUCACCAAAUCUAUUAUGUUUUUUGAGGGACAGAGAUCGGGGAGACUUCCUCCUAAUCAAAGGAUUUCCUGGAGGAGAAAUUCUGGCCUCUCAGAUGGCUCUGCUGCUCAUGUUGAUUUGGUUGGCGGGUAUUAUGAUGCAGGGGAUAAUGUGAAGUUUGGGUUUCCAAUGGCAUUUACCACAACCAUGCUUUCUUGGAGUGUUAUCGAAUUUGGUGGGCUUAUGAAAGGAGAGUUGCAGAAUGCAAAAGAAGCCAUUCGCUGGGCUACUGAUUAUCUUCUCAAAGCCACUACUCACCCUGACACCAUUUAUGUCCAGGUUUUCACUUUUUAUUCUCUUAUUCACCAUUAAUAUGGUAGUUUGAUAGCCAGUUUA